GAGUUAACAAAAAUAUUUUGCCGGAAAUUAUUACUGCGCAUGCCUAAAUUCUUUUGGCUUUCCUCGCAACAGAACAGAAACUCAAGUCCAGUACAAAUUAAGUCCAGCACCAUGUCUUACCGAGAUCUAAGAAAUUUUACAGAAAUGAUGAGAGCACUUGGCUAUCCAAGACUUAUUUCAAUGGAAAACUUCAGAAAUCCUAAUUUUCCAUUGGUUGCAGAGGUGUUGAAGUGGCUUGUAAAGAGGUAUGAUCCAUCAGCUGACGUAAUAGGUGAUACAGACACAGAACAAGACAGAGUUAUAUUUAUAAAGACUAUUGCAGAGUUUAUGGCAACCAAAGCUCACAUAAAACUAAACACAAAGAAACUGUAUCAGUCUGAUGGAUAUGCAGUCAAAGAACUUCUCAAAGUGACAUCUGUAUUGUAUAAUGCCAUGAAAACUAAUACAUCUAAUCAGGCAGACAGUAAUGAGGACUCAGAUGUGUCAGCAUUGUCAUUUGAUAUUACAUCCAGGAUUGGAGAUUUAAAGGAGGCCAGGAGACUUGCUUCAGAGAUCACAUCCAAGGGGUCUACGUUGUAUGAUUUGUUGGGAAGAGAAGUGGAUUUAAGGGAACAAAGAUCAAUAGUUAUAGCCAAGUCAUUAGAAAUAAAUGAAGUGGAGAGAGGAAUGUCUGAUUCAAUAAAGGCAGUAGAGAAUGAAGUAAAGAAAACUAUGAUGAUGUUAGACAAUGUAGCAUCUGAUGAAGCUAACUUGGAGGCAAAGAUAGAGAAAAAGAGGAAUGAACUAGAAAGAAAUAAUAAAAGAUUACAGACAUUGCAGAGUGUAAGGCCAGCCUACAUGGAUGAGUAUGAAAAGUUGGAAGAAGAUUUACAAAAACUCUAUGAAACCUACGUACUUAAAUUUAGAAAUUUGUCCCACUUAGAGGCACAGUUAGAAGAUUUCUACAGAUCUGAACAGGAUAAAUUUGAGGAAACUGAAGAAAAACUGAAACAAAUGGCAGAAAGAUUGAAAACUGAGGAAAAAAUACGAGAUAAUAUACCACAUCAGGAAGAAGUUGCAGGUAUGAAUGGUAAUGAUGAUAGUGAGGAAAGUGAUGACGAUGAUUUAGAUGAUGACGAGGAUGAUGAUGAUGAACAGCGACAGAUGAGACAAAGGCCUGAUGAUAAGAAAACUAAAAAAGUCAAUGUCUCAAAAAGAAAAGCUGCAGCAGGGGAAAGAAAACAGAGGGUUAUGGGUAAUAUGAUGGGGAAUAUUAGUGAAGAGGAUAGUGAUUCUGACGAUGAUGAUGAUGACGAUGAAGAUGAUUCCGAAAUAGAUUUAGAUGCUGAUGAUCAGGAGGAUAGCGGAGAUGAUGUUGUAGCCCCUCCUAAUCCUCGUAAACGACAACCACCACAACCAGAAGAUAGUGAUAAUGAUUUCUAGUUGUCUUUGACUUAUAUAAAUUAAUACAGCAAACAUAUGUGAUAUUGUAUGGUACGGGAUUUAAAGGCAAAAAUACACUUCAUUUUUCAAGGAAAAUUUUUAAUUUUUCAGUUCUUUUGUUGAUAGUUUUUUUGAUAUCUGAUACUGAAUAAAAGUGUGUCGUCAUGAAGUUUAAAUUGACCUGAGAAAAGUAAUGAAUUAUUUUGUAUGGCCUGACUAAAAAUAUUUAAAUCUAAAGCCUCUGGUAAAGGAAAUUGCAUUCCAUUACCGUACAUAUUUUCAUGGCUGGCCAUGUUUAAUACAUAAUGAAAUAGUGUUAUGGUGAAUUUCUGACAAAUCUUAAUUGUUGUUUCAAAACAAGGAAUGAUAUAGCACAUGCAUUUACAAAGAAUUUAAACAAUAUAUUGAAAAUUAUAAGAGAAAUCUAUAAUAUCAUCUGUUCUUUCAUUUUCUUGCAUUUUAGAAAAAUAAAUCUAGUUUAGUAUAUAAAGUUCUUGAAAAUGAAUAUUUUUUACAAAAUAUUCAAUAGCUAUUGUGAAGAUAACUGUUGAAAAAUACCAAGUAAUAUAUAAAAAAAAUAAUUAUAUAUAAUGUUAAUGAAUGAAUGGAUUUGAAAAAAAAGAAGAAACAUAUUAUUUAUUAGAUGGUCUUUAUUAUUUAUUUCUUGUGUAUGUUAUUUUAAUGUAACUAUUACAUUAUUUUCAAACAA